AUGGCGCGCCCGGAGUACCAGUUUGGGCUGGACAAAAUGGGCUAUGUUCGUCAACCGACAAUCAGCAAGGGCAAGAUCGCCUUCGUGGUGGAGGAAGACAUUUGGUUGAUAGAUUUGGCAGCUCGGCCGCAGGGUCCGAAGCUGCCACGGCGGAUGACGACCUUCAACAAGGCUGCUCAUCCCUUGCUAUCGCCAUCAGCAACACAGAUUGCAUUUUCGGACUCGUCCGACCUGUGGCUGUUGACCGUGGAAGAUGGCAGAUGCAGGCAGCUGACCUGGUUCGCGAUGGGUGACCUAUGGCCAGCUGCAUGGAGUACUGACACCGAGAUUGUGUUCGCAAGCACGUGUGAGGAUCCCUUCGAUCGGUCAAUGCUCUAUAAGAUUUCGAUAAAUGGCGGUGAGCCAACACGACUCUUUGAAGGCGAGUACGAUGCAAUAGCAUAUGGUCCUCGCGGUGGUGUGUGCGUUGGGCGUCACACCAAAGAUACACCGCGCGCCCUUUGGAAGGGCUACCGUGGGGGUCAACACGGCUUCUUGUGGAUAGACGUGGCGGGUGCUGGCGUGUUUGCGCAGAUUGACAUUCAAGAUCCUUUCAGCGGAGCCUGCCUCAACAUCAGCUGUAUGACAUGGCAGUGCGGCCGCUUGUUUUUUAUUGCAGAUCCAGAUGGAUCUGGAAAUAUCUGGAGCGCGGGAUUGGAUGGACAGGAUUUGCAAAAGCAUACGACGCAUGAUUUCUUCGAUGUCCGCUGCAUGAAGGGGGAUCAAGGGGACGGUUUGGUGUACUCAGUCGCGGGCGAGCUUUGGCACUUUAACCUGUCCACAGCGCAGGCGCAACACAUCCAGCUAGAUUUUGGGCAGUGCAACGCACACCGUGUCAGGAGCUUGGAGGCGUCAGAAUGGGUGGAGUCUGUUGCCCUCCACCCAGAUGGACACACGGUGUCCUGUUUGUGCAGGGGAAAUGUCUAUGAAAUGGCCUUGUGGUCAGGGCCCGCCGUGCAGCUUUUAUCCAGAGAUCGGCGACCUGAGGCUGAGCCGGCUGAGGCUGUGCUGGCUGUGCCGGCGGCUGUACGGUGUGUGGCCAUCGAGUAUCUUGCCAGUGGGCAGCUUCUCACAGCUUCUGACAAUUCGGACAGCCUUCCGGAUUGGACAUUUGUCAUUCACCCUGCUCCAUGCACUCCAUGCAGUGCUGGCAAAGAUGAAGCAGAAAAGUCAUUGGCCGAGAUGUUGCAUGGCUUUAUGGUUGAAGUCGGGAGUGCCGCACAGAAGUUUGUUUGUCGCGAGAUCCGGGGGCAGAUCGAGAGCAUGAGUGCAUCUCCGGUGCAUGAUGCGAUGUUGAUCGUCACGUCUCGAAAUCAGCUGUGGCUAAUGGAGUUUGUGAGUGGUGGAACGAAGGCUUCUCCAGAAAGUCCUUUUGUGAAGCUGGAGGCCAACAUCAUCGCCGAACCACGGCUGCUAGAUACCAGUGAGUGGGAGCAAGGGAUCUCAGAUCCCUGCUGGUCUCCAGAUGGAGCAUGGAUAAGCUACUGCCGCAAAGACUCGGUGUGUGGAUCAUCGAUUGUACUGAUGAAUCUACACACAUUAGUCAAAACCGUUGUGGCAGAUGCUACAUUCUCCAACGCGUGCCCAGCAUUUCAUCCAGAUGGGCUCUACUUGGCUUUUCUUUCUGCACGUCAUUUCGCUCCACUUGAGGAUGACGUGACUACCGACUUGACUUUUGCUUCCGGAGCGGAGCUGCCGUUCUUGGUACUCCUAUCAAGUGAUGCCAAAAACCCUUUCGUGCCAGCACCUAUUGCUCCUGCCAAGUUGGAUGAGGACGCGGAUUGUCCAACAGAUACAGAUUCGACUGAUAGCAAUGAAAGCCAUGAGGAACCGAUGCAGGUACGGAUCGAUGUAGACAACAUUGACGCAAGAGUCCUGCAAUUACCAGUGUCGCCUGGUCACUAUAGCUCUUGCGCGUGGACGGCAGAUGGCAAGUUGAUGUACUUAAGAGAGAAGAUGGUAGCAUCAAGUCCGUAUUUGGUGGACGAUGAGGACGAGCCUGACACAAAAUCUGCACUCUUCAGCUUCGACUUCGGGAAGCUUAAGGAAGCCCAACUCUGGGAGAAUGUCAUGAGUAUUAGCACAAGCCCCGAUUGUCAAAACAUGCUGUUGUGUGUCAAAGAAGAUGAGGAUGAGGAGGAAAAGUAUUUUGCAGUGAAGGCAGGCCUUGCGUCUUCAGAGGAUGAGGAAGCAGACAUGUCAAAGCCCGGUCCGGAGUCUGGUAUGCUUGACAUGGACAGACUUUCUAUACAAGUUGUUGACGUUGAGGAGUGGCGAUCAAUGUUUUUGACGAUCUGUGAGUUUGUUUCCGAGCACUUAUUCGAUGAUCAUUUCGGAGGAGUAGACUGGACAGACACAUGCAACAGAUACCAAGCCAUUCUGCCACGCGUCCGGAGCAGCGUUGAGUUUGAGGACUUAUGCGGGGAGAUGCUGUCAGAGCUGGGGCUAAGUCACGUUAGCUUCACGUUAGGCUCCGAUGACAGCCUGGAGACCACGUGCAAGCAUUUAGGUAUUCUUACUUCUUGGCAAGAAUUUGAAGGAGGAGGGGCCUAUCGUGUGGAUGAGGUGCUGAGGGGUGACAUUUGGGAUAGUCAGUGUAGUGGCCCUGUUGCGCGGCCCGGUGUGGGCAUCAUGGAGGGUGCUCUCAUCUUGGCUGUGAACCGUAAGAGGGUGUCUAAAGAUGUGCCGAUUGGUCAGAUGCUUGCCGGGACCGCAUCUUCUGAAGUUUUUAUCACCUACGUCCCUGCAGAUGAUGUUCCCUCCUUUGCUAAGCUGCAGCGGGCCUUGUCACAGAACGGUGGUGUCGAUGGAAUCCGGCAGCUUCAUAGACCUCAGGUGGCGAAAGCUUCCAAGAAAAAUUCUGGCAAGGCCCAUGACAAGCGCAGCGCCCAUGGGAAACGCAAAAACUCGGACAAACACAAAGUAGAGGACUUUGAAAGGCAGCUGGCCGCUCUCUUCAAGAAGCUGGACAUUUCUAGUGGACACGUUUGGCGGACAGCACGUGUUUGCGCAGCGGGAGAGGCUGUCAUCCGAAAUGUCCGCAUGAGAGACCUGAUUGAAGCAAGACGCCGCGAAGUUCACAAAGCAACAGGGGGGCGGGUGGGCUACGUUUACGUCCCUGACACCACACGCUUGGGCUUCGCCGAGUUCUAUCGCUGCUUUGCCCAAGAAAGCAGCCGAGAUGCUUUAAUACUUGAUCUGCGAUGCAACAAUGGCGGCUUCGCAUCGGAGUUGUUCUUGAAACAACUGCAGUGCCGCUUCCUUGGAUGGACGGUGCCACGACCUGGCCGUGUUCCGACUCGAUGUCCGGAGCUCUGCACGAGUGGAGCGCACGUGCUUCUCGUUGAUGAGAACACAUGCUCAGAUGGAGAGGCGUUCGCCGAAGCGUUCCAACGAUUUGGCUUGGGAACCGUGCCCUGGCGUAUCAUGGCAUGGCACAUAAAUAUGUAA